GAGCCACAGCUUCCUGCCCGCCCUGCUCGGGGAGCGCCGCCGGAGCCGAGAUGGUGUCGCUGCUGCCGCGGAUCGAGCAGCUCUCGUCGCGGGUGGUGCGGGUCCUGGGCUGCAACCCGGGGCCCAUGACCCUGCAGGGCACCAACACCUACUUGGUGGGCACCGGCACCAGAAGAGUCCUGAUUGACACCGGGGAGCCCGCCACUCCCGAGUACAUCGGCUGCUUGAAGCAGGCGCUGGCAGACUUCAACGUCUCCAUCCAGGAAAUCUUGGUGACACACUGGCAUCACGAUCACACUGGUGGAAUACCAGAUAUCUGUGAGAAUGUACCCAAUGACUCUGAGUAUCGGAUCUGUAAGCUUCCUCGUGUGCCUCACCGUGAAGAGGAAAUCAAAGGAGGACGUAAAUAUUUUUAUCUUAAAGACGGAGAUGUGAUACAGACAGAGGGAGCCACGCUCAGAGUUCUGCACACGCCUGGGCACACCGAUGAUCAUAUGGUUUUACACCUGGAAGAGGAAAAUGCCAUCUUUUCUGGUGACUGUAUCUUAGGGGAAGGAACAACAGUCAUUGAAGACCUGUAUGACUACAUGAAGACUUUGAGAAAGUUGUCACAAAUGAAACCAGAUUUAAUCUACCCAGGUCAUGGCCCAGUAGUGCGUGAUGCAAAUCACAGAAUCCAAAGCUACAUUUCUCACCGCGUUGCUCGUGAGCAGCAGAUUCUAAAUGUUUUCCAGAAGAGUGCUGGAAAAUCAUAUACCUCCUCGGAGCUUGUAAAGCUAGUGUACAAGGAGAUUCCUGACAAUUUACUUAAAGCAGCAGAAAGUAACCUGCUGGUGCACCUGACGAAGCUGGAGAAAGAAGGCAGAGUGUUGCGUGAGGCCAGCCCCAGCUUCAGAUGGAGAAACAACUUGUAAGCUGCACAGGAUGGAUCAGGAGUGCUCUGAACCUGCAAGGCUGCUGCACCAAGUACACUGAUGAUCUCAGAUAUCUGUAAAAUAAACCUCAAAUCUUCCUUUUGUUUUGAAGUGGCAACACAAUCUUAAAGCAUUGUUACAGGCAGUUAACCGAUACUUUCUGUAUUCAUGGGAAACGUUAAUAGCAGGGUAGGCUGUGAGUUAACCAAGAGCUGCUGUUAGCUCUGCUGUCAAAUACCUGCAGGAGAGAACUAGCAAGGUCUUAUGAGCUGAAUGGCACAAUAUUACAAAACCAUAUUAAAAAUGUAAUAAAUAGGAGAUAUAAAAAAUUCUCUAGCAGGAAGAAGAGAUGUUACUCUGAACCUCUUUUCCUUUGCUUGUGCUUCUCUAGUCAGUUACCUGGGCAUUCUGGACCCAAGUUACUGCUGUUAGCAGAUGUAAAUACCAGGGGUUAUGUUCCUUCCCUGAUUCAGCUGCCUGUGCACAUCUGUGCUGUUUGGCCACUGCAGUUCUGUGGAAUUCUUUCAGAGGAUUCAUUAAUUUUACAAAAUCCUUGUCACAGAAUGCAGCUGGAGCAGACUGGCCAUUCUCUGUGGUGCAAGGCUCUGCACAGAGGUGCUUGGAAAGCUGUGCCAUUGGGAUGUGUGGCUCCCUGCACAGCUCGGUUUGGUGGCACUGGUACAAGCUCUGGGGCUUGCUGUUGAAUCAUCUCAGCUACAGGCACUUUAACUAAAGCUGCUGU